AUGAUGCGCACAGCUUUCUGUCUCCUGUCGAUUCUUGCCAGCGUGGCAUCAGCUCAGAAUGCUUCGGUCGAUGUCUUCAUGCCUAUUGCGUUCGAGAAUACCAUCCAGUUCGCUGCGUCUGUCAUUGGUGUAUGCCAGGACAAGACGACCUACGGCAUACGCUGCACAAGUGGCACGCUGGCAUCAGCAGUAACGUGCGGACCAGAUUUCCCAGAGUCCACAAUAACCGAGGACGCAUCCACCUACAUUGCCUCUCGAACCACUGCCAUUAGCUCCGCAGUCAUUGCAUACACCGAGACGUGCAACCUGCAAGGUACCACUGCCGACGCAACCUGCACUACGACGGUCUCCAUAUCCGGAACGAAGACUACGACGGUGACGUCUACUACUAGUGUGCUGGCAGCGACAUGGAUUCCGGACUUCUACAUGUAUCAAAUACCAGUCACUGCCGGCGUUCAGAAGCUACAUGCUACUGGGAGUGCCUGCAGUGGAGCAUCCAGCCAUGCACUACCGGCAUGGAAUGGCGCUCUGGCUGGCGUUGCCUGGAUUGUGCUGCUUGCGAUCUUGUAG